AUGGCGAUUCCGAUCACAAUCGUCACGGGCUUCCUAGGUUCAGGCAAAACAACAAUCCUCCUCAACCUAAUCCCCCAACUCCCAAGCACCUACCGCCUAGCCCUCCUAAAAAACGAAUUCGGCGAUGUGGCAGUGGACAGCCAACUCGCCUCAACAAGCAGCAUAAGCGGCGUGAAAGAAAUGCUAAACGGAUGCAUAUGUUGCAACAUGGUGGGCUCACUUGGCGACGCCCUAACCCAACUCCGCAACGAAGUGAAACCAGACCGAAUCGUGAUCGAAACAAGCGGCAGCGCAUUCCCUGCCACUCUCGCGAUGGAAGUGAACCGACUCGCGCGCGAGGAGGGCGGACAUUUCGCCCUGGAUGGAGUGAUUAGCGUGAUUGAUGUUGAGAAUUGGGAGGGGUAUGAGGAUACGUCGUUUACGGCGAAGUUGCAGGCCAAGUAUACGGAUUUGAUUAUUUUCAAUAAGUGGGAGAAUGUGCCCGAGAUGCGGUUUGAUGCUUGUCUUGAUCGGGUGGGUGAUUUGGAGGUUCAGACGCCUUGGGUUAAGUCGGCUAAGGGGAGGGUUGAUAAGGAUGUUCUGCUGGGUAUUGAUGGGGCUUUGUUUAGGGGGUUGACGGGUGUUGAGGAUGGGAAUCAUGACCAUGAUGAGCAUGACCAUGAACAUAAACAUGAUCAUCAGUCCGAGGUUGAGGUGCUUUCUGUUUGUUUGAAGGCUGCUUCUGAGGGGAGGACGGUGGAUGUUACUGCUCUUGAGCAGUUCCUUUCUUCUGUGCCGCGGGACGAGGUUUAUCGCAUUAAGGGUAUCCUUCGGUGUUCUAAGCAGGAUUUGCCGGCUGAGACUUCGGAUGAUCUUGCGUCGAAGCCCAAGACUGAGGAGUCUGGUGUUCAAUACUACAUUCUCAACUGGGCAUUUGGACGCUGGACUUGCACGCCUUCCACUGUUGUUGCUGAGGGUGCCGACCAAACUGUCAUUUGCCGCAUUACGUUGAUUUUAGCACGAUACGAGUCCGCCAAGUGGAAGAAGAAGCUGGAUGCUGGCGGCCUGGUGCAGGCUAGUGAAGGAGAUGAUAUAGAGUUGACUGUGGAGCGUCUGGCUUAG